GUUGCGCCCUCACUAACACCAAUUGGUUUUGGCGUAGUGGUAAGCGCGUGAUCCAAUAAGUGGUAUCAGAGCAAGGUCAUGGGUUCGAAUCCCCCGGCUAACACUGGGGGGGAGAUUGUUGGAUUUAUUAAUCCAGCGUCACCCUUAGGAUUCGAUGGGCUUAACAUCCCACCCCAUGGCGCUUAACAUCGCAGCCCCUUGAGGACUCUGUGCUAUAAGGAAAUAAAGUUGCGCCCUCACUAACAGCAAUUGCUUUUGGCGUAGUGGUAAGCGCUUGAUCCAAUAGUUGUUCUUCAAUUUGCUAAGAUCAAGUCAUUUCGGGGUGAUAUUGUUCUUCAAAAUGUUAUGAAUGGAACGAAGAUUAUGUGGAAUCCUGAUAUCCCGGAAGUAGCAUCAUUUCGAGAUGGUUUUGCUCGUAAUGGAAUUGAUUGUCACCUUCCUCUUGGUUUAAUUGAUGGUGAUGUGCCAACUCUUUCUCUUGAUGAGGAUUUUUUAACAAUGUUUCCUCGGAAGACUAUUCUGGAUUUGCAUUCAACUGCUGAGGAAGGUAUAUUCAUUGUAUGUGCUAAGGUAUCUGGUUUACUUGAGGGGGAGAAGUGGUGGUAUAUGUCCUGCCGUUGUCACAGAGGUGUUACAAUUAAAGAUGAUAUGCCUUAUUGUUCUGGGUGUGCUACGUUUGUGCUUGAAGUUAUUCCAAGGUUUAGGAUUAAGAUUGAAGUCUGUGAGGGUGAAGACACAACUAUAUUUGUCUUAUUUGAUGCUGAUAGUCAACAUCUAAUCCAAAGGAAUUGCAAGGAUUUAUUUGCUGGUUGGAAGGGGAAGAAUGCGUGUGAAUAUCCUGAUGUUAUUAAGGGUUUAGUUGGGAAGGAGUACCUUUUUAAGGUUGAGAAGAUGUCUGACCACGGUGCGAAAUUUGACGAUUCAUUCAAAGUGAAGAAGGCUUGUGAUAAUGGUUCUGUUAUCGAGAAGUUCAAGCAUAAUUCUCAAGUUCAAACUCCUAAGAAGUUGCUUACCGAUGCGUUUGUUUCUAAAUUUGCUGGUGGAUCAAAUGGACGUCACUUGAGUGACAUUAUAGCUGAGUCUUCCAAUGAACUUUCAGAAAUUGGUGCCAAUACAGUCUCCCUUGAUGACAUAUCUCCGGUGGAAUGUUCCUCUGUUCUUUCUUCUGUUGGGAGUGCUGGUGAUUUUGAUGCAAGCUCCUCCAAACCUACCAAGAGGAUGAAGCUAAGGAAUGUUAAAGAGAUUUAGGAGUCUUUUCAGUUAUAAGACAUCAUGUGUUCCUUCCAAGUAGUUUAUCCAUUUUGACUGUGUCAAGAACUUGUGUUUUGCUGCCCCUCUGAUGUUGUUGUAAUGUUUCUAUUCGGGUGCUCUCUAUCACCUUAUGUUUUGUUAUAUUUUGUUAUACUGCCGAGGGGUAUUUUAAUUUUUAGUGAUUGGAACCUUUGCUGGUUGUCCUGGUUUUUUUAGAUGGUCUUUGUCUUUUGUUUUAUGGUUUCACUUUGAUGUGAUGUAAUGAACUGUCGAUGAUAUGGGAAAUCUUAUGUUUAUUUGUUUGUAAUAUUCUGCAGUUUAUUUUUCAUUUGGUUCUGGGAGCACUUAUAAUUCGACAUCAUCAUUUUCCUCUAACAUACCU